CUUGCUUGUGCCCAAACAAUCCAAUAUAAUUAACUUAACAGUAGCACUGGUUCUACUCGGGAGUUAGGUAGCAAAUGCAGUAAAUUGCACCCAUUUUGAAUUGAAAAUGUUAUUGGUUAAUUCAAUUUUGAUAUGCGUGUAAAUUCAACGAUUUUUAUAUCAAGAUUCCCCUCAAAGAAAUAAAAGAUUGUUUAUUUCUUCGCUAGACAAGAGAAAAUGAACUGCUGCAGGAGUAGGACAGUCUUACCAUGAAACCAGUGGGAUGCACAUGUCCUUACAAUUAACAAAGCAAUGUUGGAAACAUAAACAUAUAUGUACACUUCUUUAUAGGCACGCAUGGGAAUUUUCCAAAGCUAAAUCUUUGUAAAAAAAAAAAUUGGUCAUUCAGCUUGGCAAAGCAUUUGCAAUUUCAUUUUUGAGCCUAACACCUUGAAUCCAGAAAGCAAGUGACCAUGGCUGUUCCAUUUCUUCCGUUUGUGCUUAAAAAUCUCAACUCCUUGAUCCAAAAUGAGGUGGGAUUGCUCUGUGGAGUAAACACGGAGAUGAAAAAGCUUUCAAGCACUCUAUCCACCAUCCAGGCUGUCCUUGAAGAUGCAGAGCAAAAGCAACUGCAAGACAAAGCUAUACAGAAUUGGUUGAAAGAGCUCAAUGAUGCAGCCUACGAGGCAGAUGACAUCUUGGAUGAGUGCGCAACCGAAGCCCUCCGAUGUGAAUUAAAAGGCCAAGGUUAUGGUUCUCUCAAGAAGGUAAGCACUUCUUUGUUAACUUGUUAUCCUGUUCAGAAUGUUCUGUUUCGUCACAAAAUAGGGAACAGAAUAAAAGAGAUUACACAGAAGUUAGAUGCAAUUGCUGCUAAUCGCAGUAAAUUUCACUUGACCGAGGGAGUUGUGGUGGUGAGACGAGUUGAAUAUGAUGUAAGCCGUGAAACUAGCUCCGUUAUCACUGAACCACAACUCUACGGAAGAGAUGAAGAUAAAGAAAAGAUUGUCAAAUUUCUGGUUGAGGAUGUAUGUGAUAUUGAGGAUGUUUCUGUGUAUCCUAUACUUGGUAUAGGCGGUCUUGGAAAGACAACCCUCGCGCAAAUGGCUUUCAAUGAUGAGAGGGUCAAACCCCACUUCGAUCCUAAAAUUUGGGUUUAUGUUUCUCAAGAUUUUGAUGUGAAAAGGGUGAUCAAAGCAACAAUAGAAUCUGCAAAUGGAAAAGCUUGUGAGGCAGUUGACCUAGACUCACUGCAGAGAAAGCUUCGCGACAUGCUGAAUGGGAAAAGAUACCUGAUUGUAUUAGAUGAUGUGUGGGCCGAAGAUCCAGGCAAGUGGGAUGCGCUCAAGUAUUCACUAGCAUGUGGAACAAAAGGUGCUUCCGUUAUCGUCACUACUCGUGUUGAUAAGGUUGCAUCAAUCAUGGGAACUAUUUCACCUCAUCGCUUGUUAGCUUUAUCCGAAGAAGAUUGUUUGUUGUUGUUCAGGCAACGAGCAUUUGGACUUGGAAAUGAAGAACGCCCAAACCUUGUCGCCAUUGGGAAGGAGAUAGUGAAGAAGUGCGGGGGUGUGCCGUUAGCUGCGAAGGCCCUCGGUGGGCUAAUGCGCUUCAAAAGUGAGGAAAAAGAGUGGCUUCAUGUUAAGGAAAGUGAAAUUUGGACAUUAACCCAGGAAAAUUCCAUCUUGCCUGCCUUAAGAUUAAGUUACUUUUAUCUUCCAUUGGAAUCAAGACAAUGUUUUGCUUAUUGUUCCAUUUUCCCAAAGGGUUCUCAAAUUCAAAAGAGAGACCUAAUUCGUCUUUGGAUGGCUAAUGGCUAUAUUUCAUGCAAAGGAGGAUGGGAACCGGAAGAUAUUGGUGAUCAGAUUUGGAAUGAAUUAUGCUUGAUAUCAUUUUUCCAAGAGGUGAAGGACUACGAAAGUGAUAUAUGUUUCGAGAUGCAUGAUCUUGUGCACGAUCUUGCCCAAUCAAUUAUGAAGGGUGAAUGUCAAAUGAUCAAGUUUAACAGUUCAAGUAAUAUAUACAACGGAAAAGCUCAUCAUGUAACAUUGGUUGGCGGGCGGAAGGAAUAUUUUAAUAACACAUUUCACAAAGUUGUAUCCUUACGGACAUUACGACUACGACGUUCAAGUUUCUUUUUAGUAGAUGACUCAUUUUUGUAUGAUUUCAGAAUGUUUGGUUCACUGCGAGCUUUUGAUGCACCGGACAUAGCAGCAGAGUUGCCACCUUCAAUUGGCAACUCAAAACAUCUGAGGUAUUUGAACCUUUCCCAUUCUGGUUUCGAGCGACUUCCUGAUUCAAUUUGUAAUCUCUUGAAUUUGCAAACAUUAAUUCUAGAACACUGUCGCAAUCUUGAGAGAUUGCCCCAGAACAUUAUGUACCUGAGAAGUCUCCGACAUCUUUUUCUGUUAGGGUGUCCGUUAAUUGAGAUGCCCCCAAAAAUUGGGCAGCUAACUAACCUGAAGACGUUAAAUGAAUUUGUUGUGGGUAAGAGCACUGAUUGUAGUCUCCUAUCUGAAUUGAAAUGCUUAAACCUUCAAGGAGAACUUUGUAUCUCGCACCUUGAGAGAGCGAGAAAUCCGAUGGAUGCAAAAGAAGCCAAUUUAGUGGGAAAGCAAAAUCUUAGUCAGUUGGAACUAAAUUGGGAAUAUGGUUUGGCUGAAUGUGAAUCACAGGAAAGUGUUGAAUCUGAAGCACAGGAAAAUGUUGAAUCUGAAGCACAGGAAAGUGUUAAAUCUGAGCUAGUACUUGAAGCCCUUCAACCUCAUCCAAACCUAAAGGAGUUGGUCGUAAGAGCGUACAAAGGCACUCAAUUCCCGCUCUGGAUGAGGGGUUCAGAUCUUCAAAAUGUAGUUCAUAUCCGGCUCUUCAGGUGCAACAACUGCUUACGACUUCCACCGCUUGGACAACUACCUUCGCUACAAAGCCUUCAAAUUGAUGCAAUGGAAGAAGUUGUGGAGUGUAUUGAAAAUGAAUAUCCUGGCAGUGGAGGAUUCCCAUCUUUGGAAGAACUCAAAGUUUACAAUUGUCCGAAAUUGGAAGGUUUGUCAAGGGAGGAGGGAAGAGAGUUGUUCCCUCGUCUUCGUGUGAUACGUAUUGCUCAUUGUCCUAAAUUGAGCUUCCCGCAUCUUUCGGCUCCCAAAGAAUUGUCGUUGGUUGGCAACUCCACCAUGGGACUAAAUUCAAUAUCAAAUCUUAAUAGUCUCACUUCCCUCACUAUUGGUUAUAAUGACGAGACGGUUUGUUUUCCAAAAGAGUUUCUGAGGAACCUUACUCUUCUUGAGUCACUAGUGAUUGAGUAUUGUUUUGAGCUUAAAGUGUUUCCUGGAGACCUUGCAAGCCUUGUCACAUUGAAGUCAUUGAAGAUCGAACGAUGCCCAAAGCUCGAGUCUUUGCCAGAGGAAGGGCUACGAGGCCUUGAAUCUCUCCAAUCGUUGCACAUUAUCGACUGCCGUGAACUGAAAAGGCGAAGUGAGAAGGGAAAGGGGGAGGAUUGGUAUAAGAUUGCGCACAUAUCAGAAAUCACUAUUGAGUGAGGCAAGUACCCUUACCCAGGAACUUGACAGCUCAUUGCGUCCUCCAUGAUUCAGAAAUUGUGCUGCCAUGCUCUUUGGGUCAUGAUGGCUGCUGCUAGUAUUGAAGUAGCUGUGGCAUCGGAUGCUUUGUUGGUGGGAAGGUUUUGGGUUGUUUAUGGUUAUGAGAUUAUCUAAUAGGAGGUGGAUCAAGUCAAUUGUUCUGUUAUCCAACUUGCUAGGUUAGUUUCUUUUCUGCAAAAUAAAGAUUAAAUGUAGAUCAUAUUUGUCAGGGUGUAAUAAUGUUCGUCGCGGUGGAUAUUUGGGGCUCUAGCAUGCCAUAUGACCUGUUUUUGUGCCUUUUAUUGUUUGAGAUGAUUUGAAAUUCAAUUUUUGCGGAUAAUUAUUUGUGAGAAUGUUAAU